CCACAACAUCGCCAGCCUGCACGGAUCCUCCCAUUGAGCCCCGAGGCCAUAUCUCAGAUUCAUUCCUCAAAACACAUAACCGAUCUACAAGGCGUCAUCUGCUCUCUGCUUGAAAACAGCCUCGAUGCCGGCGCCAACAAAGUCGACAUCUCCGUCGACUGGAGACGCGGCGGCUGUACUGUCGCAGACAAUGGCACUGGCAUACCAGCUGCCGAGUUCUUGGAGAAUGGCGGACUUGGAAAGAUGUACUGCACCUCGAAGCAGCAUGCUGGCACAGGAACGAAGCAGACUCAUGGUAAAGCGGGAACGUUCCUGGCCGAGCUGGGAAGCAUGUCAUUGUUGAGUAUCACAUCAGAACAGGAAGGCGGCGGUGCAGAGAGUGUAUUUACUAUGCAUAACGGGAAGGUGAUCCCUCGCCAGCCGACUGCUGAUGGCCAGACGACGAUGCCCUCUUUUGCGGAGCUGCAUCGGAGACAUGGCACAAUCGUCACAGUACGCGACUUGUUUGGCAACAUGCCUGUGAGAGUCAAGCAACGUGCCCAUGCUACUGAGAGUGCAUACGAUCAGGACAAGGCCUGGCAGAAACUAAAGCGUGAUGUUGUUGCUCUUCUGUUGGCUUGGCAUACUCCGUGCGCGGUCAAGCUGCGAGGCACGAAUACCGAGUCCAGACGGUCACACCUGAUGAGCUGGUCGUCCAAGUCUGUGAAAUACGACAUCCGAGAUGCGAUGCCUGUUGUUUUCCAGGCUGGUCUUGCACCAACCGAGUCACGAGGUAGGUGGAUCCCUCUCUCAGCUUCUACAUCAAUGGCGACUUUGAGAGGCAUGAUUUGUCUGCAUGCAGCUCCGACCAGACGAUGCCAAUUCCUUGCGAUUGGGAUAACGCCCUGCUCUUCACACGAAAUUCUUCACGCCGUCAAUAAGGUAUUCGAGAGUAGUAGUUUUGGAGCUGUGGAGGACUCAACUGAACGUGAUAGCCGCAAUCGAGGCAAGCUUCCCAACGGACAUGUCAACCUGGAUCGACAUCCCAUGUACGUGCUUCAACUCAAUUUCGUUGAGCGGAGAAAAUGCGCUCCCGCCGACAAUGCGCACCUGAGCGAAGCCACAAUCCAGAGUCUUACAAGGCUGUUAGAAGCCGCUGUUCAGGCCUGGCUGGAGAGCAAUCAUUUCCGUCCGAGGAAAACGAAAAAGAGAAGAAGGAACAUGGAGCAAGGAUCGCCUGCGGCUGCGAUUGAAGAGCUUGCCCAGGAUGAUACAACGCCUCGCCUCGAUAACAAUACAGUCUGGAUAGAUCCGAUCAGUAAGCAGGUAUUCCAAGUGAACUCGAGAACCGGCGUGGUACUUCCUAUAUCAGAAUCACAUCGAGCGACUUCUAGCUGUGGUUCCGCUCAGGAACAACGCCAUCGGGCUGCUAUUGACACUGCUGUGUCUUCUGCUGGCAGACCAAUGAGCCUCGCUCGCCGAAGUGCUUUGGCUAGCACCAGGCCACAAAGCGCCGUUAGCGACAAAGACAAGUGGCUACCUGGCUUUCUGGAAGAAUGGAAGAAUCCUGUCUUUGCGAAGAGAAAAGAGGAGCCUAUUCCUACUGCUUCGAUCAGUGGUCCUGGCUUGAUCGAGCAGCUCGAAGAAGAUAGGAGGUGUUGUGCUGCGGACAAGUAUCAACAGGCUUUUGCAGGUCAUGGCGCGAAAACAGGAGGGCUUGGUGGCACGAAACUGUCCAAACACGCAUUGAGUGAUGCUGAAGUCAUUGGCCAGGUUGAUCGAAAGUUCAUCUUGGUGAGGAUGCCAGCGCGUCGUCAUAAUCACGACGAUGAACCCACGCACAAUCAGAAUGGCGCGGGCUCAACUUUGGUUCUGAUUGAUCAACAUGCCGCAUCAGAACGAAUCAUCCUGGAAGAUCUUCUUGCAGAUAUGCUGCUUACACCGACAGCUGACACUGCUUCAGACCAACAAACCUUUCCUGGUCCCAUCAUCAAGACUUCCUCUCUCGUCCAUUCCACCACCCGGGCCAAACCUUUGAUAUUCGAAGUUUCCACCCAUGAAUACGAGCUCUUCUCUCGUCACCUUUCCCACUUCACAUAUUGGGGCAUCACAUACCAACUCCCAUCACCAACAUCCGCCCACAGUCUCGAAGGCUCUCCGCCCCAAAGCCGCCGCCAAGUCCAUCAUCACCAGCAUCGAUUAGUCGUCACCCAUCUCCCCACCGUAAUCGCAGAACGCUGCUCCCACUUCCCCGCCCUCGCCAUCGAACUCUUACGAACCGAGCUCUGGGCCAUCGAAGACGAACCAUCUCCCACCACAUGGUUAUCUCUCCUCCCUCGCAUGCCCACCAAACUGCUCCAUAUGAUCCAAUCACGAGCGUGCAGAAGCGCAAUCAUGUUCAAUGACAUUCUUCCCACAGCCGAAUGUCGCGACACGGUGACGAAAUUGGGAAAUUGUAUUUUUCCUUUUGUGUGUGCUCAUGGGAGAUGUGGAGUUGUGCCUGUG